ACCCCCAACCUGUGGUGAGGGUCCUGGAACCGGCACCACGGAGCCUGGGCAGCCCCUUCCAUCCACCCAUGCCCACCCCGAAUGAGGCUGAGAAGCAGCACACAGGGCCAGAAGAGGCGGACAGGCCCCCCUCAAUGUCCAACCAUGAUGUGGCCCCCCGGGCGGCCCCUAGCCGCAACCCUUGCUGCUUGUGCUGGUGCUGCUGUUGCAGCUGCUCCUGGAACCAAGAGCGGCGACGAGCAUGGCAGGCCUCCCGUGAGAGCAAGCUGCAGCCCCUCUCCACCUGUGAAGCUUGUGCCCCACCAAGCCCCGAGGAGGUACAGAGCUGGGCGCAGUCCUUCGACAAGCUGAUGCACAGCCCCGCGGGCCGCAGUGUGUUCCGAGCAUUCCUGCGCACAGAGUACAGCGAGGAGAACAUGCUCUUCUGGCUGGCCUGUGAGGAGCUGAAGACUGAGGCCAACCAGCACGUGGUGGAUGAGAAGGCACGACUCAUCUACGAGGACUAUGUAUCCAUCCUCUCCCCCAAGGAGGUGAGCCUGGACUCCCGAGUACGGGAGGGCAUCAACAGGAAGAUGCAGGAGCCGUCUGCACACACAUUUGAUGAUGCACAGCUGCAAAUCUACACUCUUAUGCACCGGGACUCCUACCCUCGCUUCCUUAGCUCCCCCACCUACCGUGCCCUGCUGCUCCCAGAGCCCCCACAGUCUCCCUCUGAGGCCUAGGCCACUGCUCAUGGGCAGAGUCCAGGCUCACACCCAUGGCUCCACCUGGCUGGAUGAGGGUCCCAAACCUUGGAACCAGACCCAGUCCCAAUGGGAAGUACCACACCCCCUGGCUCUGUCUUCCCUGGUCAACAGGAAUUCCAGCCACAAGGCCAGAUGGAAGCCCCUCAGCAGCCUGAAGCUGCCAGCCUAGUGCUCCCGACAGCCCCAGGAUGUAUGUUGGGUCCAUAGCCUUGGUGAAGCCUCCUUCAGGCAGCUAUGUAUCCAGGACAUGCCUUUAGGGGAGAACAGAGCCUCUACACCAUCUACUUUGUACCAGGACACACUGCUGCUUGAGCUGUCUGCACCUCAGAACCAGAUGUGGAACCUCAGAACCAGGCUCAAGUGACAAGAUCUGAUUGUAUUUUAUAUGUUCAUGAACAUUAACCUGGGAACAUAUCCUUGCUGUAUGUUUUAUCCAAAAGGAGGGGGAGAGAAAUACUUUAUCCAUUUCUCUGCUCCCUAAAAACAGGAUGUCUUAUCCUUGAA